CAACAAAACAUCUAAUUCUAAUAGAAGACUAAAGCAAUUCUCUUGUGGUUCGAUUUGGAUAAGCCACCAAACUACCAGUCACUGUUUAAGCUUUAUCUUCCUCAUACAAGUAGCAGCUAAAUUGUUACAGAGAAAAGCAUGGCGACGCACUUGCCAAAAUCUAGUACUUGAUAUGGCGGCGACUCAAAGAAGGCUUGCCAUUCUCUGUUCUCAUUUACGCACGACCGAUUCGCCUCCAACUCCUACCCUUUUUUCAGGCGUUUCUCAUUCUUUUUGCGCUUCCAGUGAACAGCGAUUGAGCGAUUCUAACGAAGUUAAUCAAAACAACGACUGCGUUUUUUGCAAGAUUAUCCGAGGUGAAUCCCCGGCUUUUAAGCUUUAUGAAGAUGAUAUGUGCCUCUGUAUCUUGGAUACUAGUCCACUGAGUCAUGGGCAUUCGCUUAUUAUCCCAAAAUCUCAUUUUUCUUCCUUGGAAGCAACUCCUCCGUCUGUGGUUGCUGCAAUGUGUUCGAAGGUGCCUAUUAUCAGCAAUGCAAUCAUGAAAACUACAGAUUCUGAUUCAUUCAACUUGCUGGUUAACAAUGGUGCAGCUGCAGGGCAAGUUAUAUUUCAUACUCAUAUCCACAUAAUCCCCAGAAAAGCACAUGAUUGCUUGUGGGCAUCUGAGUCUUGCAGAGUUUGAGGCGGCAUCCCCUGAAGUUAGACCAGGAAACUUCUCGACUUGCAGACCAAGUACGGAAACAGUUAUCAAACAUUUCUGUAGAAACUAAGGGUAUAGAAUCCAGUCUAUCAUGAAUCCUGAUGUUAGUGGGAUCAAAAUGAUUGUUGUAAUUUAUAACUUACAUUAUCAGUGUGACAUAUUAUGUGGUUGUUCUUUUAA